UACUGCGUGGCGACCAUUCAGUUCAGUUUCAUAAGUUGAUCUCAAAUAACGCGAAAUUCGCUAGUUCGGAAACUAAAAAUUGCAGAAAUGCAUACAACGUUUCUCUUCGCCUUAGCCCUGACGGGUAUUCUUGUAGGCGUUGUAUUAGCACGUGACAGAGCACAUCCGCGCAGCGCUACAGCACGCUUGGGCUCAGCUGCACAUCUCACAAAUGAGGCCGAACGCGAAGCAAGUUAUUGGAAUGAGUUCGCACAGGAAACGCUCAGAGCCAAAGUCCAAGAAGCAGCAAAGGCGGGCUCAACGCAAAGCGCCAAGAAUGUCAUACUCUUUCUGGGCGACGGCAUGUCCAUUCACACAAUCACAGCUACACGUAAUUUAAUGGGCGACAGCUCAAAUCAAGUAUCCUUCGAAAAAUUCCCAUACUUUGGCCUAUCAAAGACAUACUGCGUAGAUCGACAAGUAGCCGAUUCGGCUUGCACAGCCACUGCUUAUUUGGGUGGUGUGAAGGGCAACUACGGCACAAUUGGUGUGAAUGCUAAAGUGAAGCGUUACGAUUGCAACAAUGGACAAAAUCCGGCCAACUUUGUUGAUAGUAUAGCCAAAUGGGCGCAGGAUGUCGGCAAAGAUGCUGGUUUGGUGACCACAGCACGUGUCACACACGCCUCACCCGCCGGUGUGUAUGCACAUACAGCAAAUCGCGAUUGGGAGAAUGAUGCCAAGGUUUACCAGAAUGGCGGCUGCAGUGCCAAGGAUAAUGUGGACAUUGCACGCCAACUGGUUGAGUGGGAUGUGGGUAAAAAGUUGAAGGUUAUAAUGGGCGGCGGUCGACGCAACUUUAUCAACACCACCGUCAACGAUGAGGAGGGUUUGCCUGGCCACCGUACGGAUGGUCUCAAUCUGAUACAAGAUUGGUUGAAGGACAAACAAGCAAAUAAACAGCAAGCUGCAUACGUAUGGAGCAAAAAGGGUUUGAGUUUGGUGGAUUUGGAGAAGACUGAAUACCUUUUGGGUUUAUUUGCCAGUUCGCAUUGUCCCUAUAAUGGUGAUUUGGAGCGCAGCAACUACAAGUUAGUCAAGCCAUCGUUAACCGAGAUGACCGAUGCUGCGAUAAAAGUGUUGCGUAAGAAUGAAAAUGGAUAUUUCCUUUUUGUCGAGGGUGCACGGAUCGAUAUGGCACAUCACGAUACACGCGCACGCAAAUCAUUGGAGGACACUUUGGAAUUUUCACGUGCCAUAGAGCAUGCACGCGCAAUGACAUCGGAGGAGGAUACACUCAUUGUGGUGACGUCAGACCACUCGCAUACCAUGACCAUCAAUGGUUAUCCUUAUCGCGAUCAGCCAAUAACUGGUUUGUCCGAUCAGCUUGCCGAUGAUGGUUUGCCUUUCACAGUUUUGUCGUAUGCCAAUGGUCCCGGUUUCAGCACAACUUACAAUGACAAAACAGGUCGUAGCAAAAUCAGUGCCAAACAAACUGAAGAUGUUCGCUUUGAAUAUCUUGCCACAGUCCCACUGGACUCGGAGACCCAUGGUGGGGAUGAUGUUGGCGUAUUCGCUUCCGGUCCAUUUGCUCAAUACUUCAGCGGCAAUUAUGAGCAAUCAAAUAUUCCUGCUAUGAUGGCACGUGCACUUAAUAUCGGACCAUUUGCUAAUCUUUAAAUUGUUUAUGCAUAAAAUAUGUUUCAUGAAUAAAAUAGUAAG